AUGCACAAGUGUGGUGGACGACAGCGGCGAGCGCGGGUGGAAGAGGUCUCGGAAGUACAUGCGCACUGCGAACCACGGGUCCAUGACGAACCAGUUGUAGUACACGCCAUAGGAGCCGAAGCCGGGAACGGCGGCGAGGGUGAUGAGACCGCCGACGGUCUCGAGGGAGCGGGAAAUGAGGUAUUGCGAGAGGCCGCCGCCGGAGGAGUGGCCGCAGAGGAUUACGCCGUUUUGGCGGUUGGGGGUGGGGGUGCUGGGGUAGGUGAUGUUGUGAAGGUGGCGGAUGUGCGUGAUUGCGGUGGCGAUGUCGAGGGCGAGGAACCCGGGGUGAUGGGAAGCACCGUGGCCGCGGAGGGAGAGGCUGUAGGCUGGGUGGCCGUGGGAGGCGAAGAAGGGGAGAAAAUUUAUGUAGCAGGUAGCACUACCAAACCCUGGUGUUAUAUCAAAGAGAUCAGUGGCGGUCUCUCCUCCCCCGACCCAGAGCCCGUGCUCGCCGGAAGAGCCACCAAAAUCUCCAGCAUCCCGUCCGGCGAUGGAAUAAACAUCCUCUCAACCCCGUCCGGCAGCGGUUUCGCCGAGAUCGUCGGGCCCACGUCCCAGGUGGGUCACACGGCAGCGGCUCGUCUAGCGGGAGCCAAUCAGAGAAGGACUGGGCACAACCACCCCAUGGGGCUGAACGUGGGGUUUGGGGGCCAUUUUGGGGCCUUGGUUGCGGUACGUGCUGCUACUGUCAUUUGUUGCGAAGCCGAGUUAUCAGACGGUCAAAUACGAGAUCUCCGAGUUGGACCCGUCGGGUAG